AUGGAAAACCGACGAGAUCCGCGGCUGGACGGGCAGCGGCUAGCAUCCCAGCUGAGCGCGGCGGCGGCGGCGGCCGGGGCAGCGCCUGGAGCGAGGCAGCCAGCCGGCCGGCCGGCCAUCCGGGCGGAGGAAGGCGAGGUCGGGGACGCGGACGCGGACGGGGAAGCGCCGCGAGCGCCCCGCCCGCCCCAGCCAGCGCAGCCCUCCGGCGGCGAGACCGAAACACCCGCAGAGCACGAGGAUUACUGCUGCCGGCGCGCCCCGCGAGCCCGAGCCCGGCCGCCGCGCGCUGCCCUCCGCCGGCGCGGCGCGCUGGGCCCGGCCCACGAGGGCGCCAAGGGCCUGCUGGCGGGCGCGGCGGCGGCGGGCGCGGCGGCGGCGGCGGGCGCGGCGUCGUCCGCCUCCUCGGACUCGGGCUGCAGCGGCAGCAGCACGGCCACGUCGUCGGCCGCCGCCGCCUCGGUGCUGAGCUCCGGCCUGGUGGCGCCCGUGUCGCCCUACAAGCCCGGGCAGACGGUCUUCCCGCUGCCGCCGGCCGGCAUGAGCUACCCGGGGACGCUGGCCGGCGCCUACGCGGGCUACCCGCCGCAGUUCCUGCCGCACGGCGUGGCGCUCGACCCCACCAAGUCGGGCAGCCUGGUGGGCGCGCAGCUGGCCGGCAGCCUGGGCUGCAGCAAGGCGGCCGGCUCCAGCCCCCUGGCGGGCGCCUCGCCGCCCUCGGUGAUGACGGCCAGCCUGUGCCGCGACCCCUACUGCCUGAGCUACCACUGCGCCAGCCACCUGGCCGGCGCGGCCGGCGCCUCGUGCGCCCACGAGCAGGCGCUCAAGCCCGGCUACCCGCUGGUCUACCCGGCGCACCCGCUGCACUCGGUGCACUCGUCGCUCGGCGGCGCCACGCCGCCCUCGCUCGCCGGCCACCCGCUCUACCCGUACGGCUUCAUGCUGCCCAACGACCCGCAGCCGCACAUCUGCAACUGGGUGUCGGCCAACGGACCGUGCGACAAGCGCUUCGCCACCUCCGAGGAGCUGCUGAGCCACCUGCGGACUCACACGGCCUUCCCGGGCUCCGACAAACUGCUCUCCGGCUACCCCGGCUCCACGUCCCUGGCCAGCGCGGCGGCGGCGGCCGCGGCCAUGGCCUGCCACAUGCACAUCCCCACCUCGGGCGCGCCGGGCAGCCCCGGCGCGCUGGCGCUGCGCAGCCCGCACCACGCCCUGGGACUGAACAGCCGCUACCACCCGUACUCCAAGAGCCCCUUGCCCACCCCGGGCGCGCCCGUGCCGGUGCCCGCGGCCACGGGACCCUAUUACUCGCCUUACGCACUGUACGGGCAAAGACUGACUACAGCCUCCGCCUUGGGAUACCAGUGAGUGUUCGGGGGCUUCUCGGGGGGUGUUGCGGCCGGAGCGGGAGGGGGAGCGCGCAGCCGGAGAGGCCGAGCAACGCUUCUGGGGGAAGAGCAGGAGGCGACCCUCGAAACUUUCUUAAAAAUGCAGACAGACAAAAGAAAAUUGAAACCUGACUUUUUUAUAUCUAUAUAAAGAUAGUGUUCAUCUUGAGGACUGGAUCCAUGGGCACUGUAUUUAUUUAUGUUAGCUUCAAGCGGGACAAUGAAUCAAUAAAAGUGCAUUACGUAACUUCAGCUCAAUAGGCUUAAAGGAAAAAAAAUUAAAGUGGAAACACCCGUUGUAGAAUAUAAAUAAAUAAAAGGAAAACAAAAAUAGAGGUCUUCUCUUUAAUGUUACUUUAAAAUUAAUAUGAUUGUAUUGUACGUUUUUAUUUAAUGUCUCAUUGGGGUUGGGUGGGAAAGCACCUAAAUGCAUGUCUCCUAAAAACAGCAACACUUAAUCUGCAAUUUGUCAGCUUGAAUUUCAAAUUGCAAUUAUUUUUGACGUAUACCAUCGCAGAAAGAAAAUUGGUAUUUUUUUGUAUGAAUUCUGGAAAAAAGGAAACCCAACAACUCUAUUCCAAAAACCUCCAUUUGCCUUAUUUUUGUUCUUUAAAAGGAACACUUGACUAUUUUUUAAUUUCUAAGUCCACCCUAUAAAAGGGACAGAAACAAGGAUGACGUCAUGUAUUUAAAACAAUAGACAAUGUAUUGCUUUAAAAGAUUAAAAUUCCGUAUAUUUGAUGUAUUAAAAAGGUUUUACUUUU